GUGACUGCGCCUGCGCGAGCGACCCACGUGCUUUGUCCCGGCAGGCGCAUGCGCGAGCGAGUGAACAUGGCGACGCGCUGCACGUCUCGCGUUACCGGACAGUGAGACGCACCGAGAGAGAGAAAACGAGAAACGGUUUUGUCAGUAGGUACUGCGUCUCGAUGCAGAUGCUCCGGGUGAAAUGAAUAAGGCACCUCAGCCUCUGUCAGGACCCCCCUCUGGCCCUCCCCACCCCUCCGCGCCCUCCCCGGGUCUGUCCCAGCCCAGUUAUCCUCCUGCUCCGCCGGUUGUGUUUGGCACCCCUCCGCCGCAGAUGAACCCCGCCGCCCAACCCCGACAGUUUGCCUCAGGUCCUAGAGCUUUACCACAACAGGGAGGAUUCAGGUCACUGCAGCCGUUCUAUCCCGGUCGGCCCACUUUACCCGCCAAUACUGGGCGUGUCCAGCCAAGCUCCGCCCCUCGGCCCAUCCCCCCUCAGCACGGACCCCGCCCCUCUCAUGUGUUCCAGCCCGGCCCCUCCCAGAUGAUGAUGAUUCCCCAACAACCAAUCAGCUUCCCCAAUUCACAAGGCCCGGCUUACUAUAUAUCUGGCCAGUACCGUCCCUCAUACGUGACCCCUCAGCAGUAUCAGGUGGCCGGUUCUCCUGGUUUCUAUCCCGGCACGAGUCCGGCUGAUUACGCUGGGGCAUAUUACCCCGCCCAGCCCCAGUUCACGCCCCCUGUUGCCCCGGCGCCUGUCAUCAUGAGCCCCGCCCCCCAGCAGCAACAGGCCCCGCCCCCUCAACCACAGCAAGCUCCGCCCAGACGGGAACGCAAGCAGAUCCGGAUCAGAGACCCUAACCAGGGAGGACGUGACAUCACAGAAGAGAUCAUGUCAGGAGGUCGCAGUGGCUCCACACCCACACCUCCACAGCCCAACGGUGACAACACCACACCUGCAGUCGCCAUGACAACCAGAAUGGAGUUUCCCAUCCCUCCAGGCGAAAGCCCGAUACCCGAUUCCCCGCCAACUCCGCCCCCUACCAGUCAGAUAAGUGAUACAGUAGAUGCUCCGCCCCCAGCACCUGCAGAUGACGCCCACGCCACACCCACUGUGGUGGAACCGCCUGCCUCGAAUGGUGCCGAAGCCACACCCACUACAAGCAAAGAGGAUGGGCCUGUGACUAUAACGCUGCCUGUCGCCGCCCCCCAGGCAGAGACCACGCUGGAAUCACCAAUAGUGCAACCCGAAGAGCUCCAGCUGUUUAACGGCGUCCUGGCAGGCUCCGCCCACAGAGACGUCAGUCCUAUCGCCGAGCCGGACAUCGUGAAAGAAGCGCCGCCGGUAACCGCCGAUAUCCCUGAUAGGACUGUCAAAGAAAUCCCUCCGCAGGUUGUCAAGGAGAUCCCUAUUGCUGUUGUUAAGGAAGUGCCAGCUCCUGUUGUCAAGGAGCCUAUCCCUCCGGUUGUCAAGGAGACCCCUGCUCCAGUCGUCAAGGAGACCCCUGCUCCGGUCGUCAAGGAGACACCUGCUCCGGUCGUCAAGGAGACACCUGCUCCGGUCGUCAAGGAGACCCCUGCUCCGGUCGUCAAGGAGACCCCUGCUCCGGUCGUCAAGGAGACCCCUGCUCCGGUCGUCAAGGAGACGGCCUCUCCGGUCGUCAAGGAGACGGCCUCUCCGGUCGUCAAGGAGACGGCCUCUCCGGUCGUCAAGGAGACGGCCUCUCCGGUCGUCAAGGAGACGGCCUCUCCAGUCGUCAAGGAGACGGCCUCUCCAGUCGUCAAGGAGACGGCCUCUCCAGUCGUCAAGGAGACGGCCUCUCCAGUCGUCAAGGAGACGGCCUCUCCAGUCGUCAAGGAGACGGCCUCUCCAGUCGUCAAGGAGACCCCCGUUCCCGUCGUCACCCAGGAGGCUGUUGUCAAGGAGACCCUUGUCGAAACUCCUCCUGUCGUUGAGGAAACGCCUUCACUCGCUGCCAAGGAAACCCCCAAACCACUUUUCAAGGAAGCCACUGCACCUUCAGAGGUCGUUUCUAAAGCCAUGCCCCCGCCAACGGAAGAGCGAGAGGACACACCCACUACACAGACCACUCCCUCUGAGAGUUCUAUGCAAGCGGUUUCUGUGCCAAAGAAGAAGAGAAAAAUGAAAGACCUGAACAAGAAGGAGGCGGGAGAUCUGCUUGAUGCCUUUAAAGAGCCCACACCACCUGAGCCAGAGGCCACGCCCCCGGUGAAGGUGGAGCCAGAGAGCAUCGCCCCAGUGGCCCCGCCCCCUGCAGAGGAAGUGGAUGAGACGUGGGAGGAGAAAGAAGAUAAACUUGAUGCUGAGAACAUCAAACCGCAGAGUCCCACCCCGAGUUCACCCACCGAACAGAAAUACCAGUAUAAAGAAGAACAAUGGAAACCGCUGAACCCCGAGGAGAAGAAGAAAUACGACCGAGAGUUUCUGCUCGGCUUCCAGUUCAUCAGCGCCAGCAUGCACAAACCCGAGGGUCUGCCGCAGAUCUCAGACGUGGUGCUGGAUAAGGCCAAUAAAACUCCUCUGCGGCAGCUGGAUCCGAGUCGUUUGCCCGGAAUGAACUGUGGUCCAGAUUUCACGCCUUCGUUUGCUAAUCUCGGUCGCCCGUCAGCUGGUGGGCGUGGCCCGCCGUCCGGUCUGAGCGGUCCUCGUCGUUCAGGUCAAGGUCAGCGUGGGAAGGAGCCGCGGAAGAUCAUCGCGAGCGUGUCCCUCACCGAAAACGUGCAGCUGAAUAAAGCAGAGAAGGCCUGGAAACCGAUGGUGAAGCGCAGCACCCGCGUCGAAGAGGACGAACCCGAGUUCCUGAACACACAGGAGCUGUUCAAACGCGUGCGGAGCGUGUUGAACAAACUGACACCGCAGAUGUUCCAGCCGCUGAUGAAGCAGGUGACCGAGCUCACCAUCGACACCGAGGAGCGUCUGAAGGGAGUCAUCGACCUCAUCUUCGAGAAGGCCAUCUCUGAGCCGAACUUCUCCGUCGCCUACGCCAACAUGUGCCGCUGCCUGAUGGGGCUCAAAGUUCCCACCUCGGAUAAACCCGGAGUGACGGUGAAUUUCAGGAAGCUGCUGCUGAAUCGUUGUCAGAAAGAGUUUGAGAAGGACAAAGAUGAUGAUGAAAUAUUUGAGAAGAAGCAGAAGGAGCUGGAUGCCGCCACAGGGGAAGAGGAGAAGCAGAGGUUGAAGGAGGAGCUCGAGGAUGCCAAAGACAAAGCCCGGCGACGGUCGCUAGGCAACAUCAAGUUCAUUGGGGAGCUGUUCAAGCUGAAGAUGCUGACGGAGACCAUCAUGCACGACUGCAUCGUUAAACUACUGAAGAACCACGACGAGGAGAGUCUGGAGUGCCUCUGCCGCCUGCUGUCCACCAUCGAAGACCUGGACUUCGAGAAGGCCAAGCCCCGAAUGGAUCAAUACUUCACCCAGAUGGAGAAAAUUAUUAAGGAGCGGAAAACUUCUUCCAGAAUUCGCUUCAUGCUGCAGGACGUUCUUGAUUUACGACGGAAUAACUGGGUCCCGCGGCGAGGAGAUCUGGGGCCAAAGACCAUCGAGCAGAUCCACAAGGAGGCGGAGCUAGAGGAGCACCGAGAGCAGGUCAAAGUUCAGCAGCAGCUCCUGUCCAAGAAGGACAGCCGCGGAGGAGGAGGAGGAGGAGGAGGAGGAGGAGGAGGAGGAAGGAGGAGGAGGAGGGGAGGGGAUGGGGCCCGUGGAGGCCCCCACACACCCGCUUCCCGUGGCAACCAGGCCCCUGAUGACGGCUGGAACACGGUGCCCAUUUCCACCAAGAACAGACCCAUCGACCCCACGCGACUCAGCAAGAUCACCAAGCCGGGCGCUUUGGACUUCAAUAAUCAGCUUCUUGCCCCCGGGGGUAAAGGCUCGUGGGGCAGUUGGGGCAAAGGCAGCAGCGGAGGCUCCGGAGCCAAACCCAGCGACAGCGCCCAGGAUUCUGGUCGUGCCAGUACUUUGAACCGAUUCUCAGCACUUCAGCAGCCUUCCUCCUCUUCAUCUUCAUCCGCCAACAUCGACUCUGACAGGAGGGUUCCUCACAGGAGUAGCUCCAGUCGGGAACGCAGCGAUCGUUUUGACCGGCGUGAUGACCGCUUCGACCGGCGUGACGAGCGCGGAUCAGACCGGCUGGACCGGAACCGGCCCGCGGUCGGCAAGCGCAGCUUCAGCCGUGAGAAGGAGGAGAGGAGUCGAGAACGAGCGCAGCGUCCCGCUGAGAUGGUGCGCCGCGUUUCCAGCAUGACCGACGAGAGAGAACGAGAGCGUGGCAGCCGCGAUAACGCAGUGAAGAGAGAAACCGCUCCCACUCCUCCACCUGCUCCGUCCAAACCAGCGCUGACGGAGGAGGAACUGGAGAAGAAAUCCACUGCCAUCAUCGAGGAGUAUCUGCACAUCAAUGACAUGAAGGAGGCGCUGCAGUGCGUCGCUGAGCUGAGCUGCUCAUCUCUGCUGUCUGUGUUCGUCCGGACGGGGAUCGAGUCGACGCUGGAGCGCAGCACCAUCGCUCGAGAGCACCUGGGUUUACUGUUUCACCAGCUCGUCAAAACACAAACACUAUCCACACAACAAUACUACAAAGGGCUGCUGGAGGUGUUGGAGGUUGCGGAGGACAUGGCGAUAGAUGUUCCUCACAUCUGGCUGUAUCUGGCCGAGAUCAUCAGCCCCAUGCUGCACGAGGGAGGGAUUCCCAUGGGGCCGCUCUUCAGGGAGGUGUCUAAACCACUGGUGCCUCUUGGGAAGGCUGGAGUUCUGCUGGUGGAAAUCCUCAAGCUGCUCUGUAAAGGAAUGAGUCUGAAGAAGGUGGGAGUGAUGUGGAGAGAAGCGGCGCUGAGCUGGAAAGACUUCCUUCCUGAAGACGAGGACGUCAAUAAAUUUGUCACUGAAAAGGGAGUGGAGUUCACUCUAGGUGAGGAGUGUGUGAGGAAGAGCAGUAAAGUGACUCUGAGUCCAGAAGACAUUUCUAGAGAGCUGGAGCGACUGCUGCAGGAGAAAGCAGACAACCAGAGGAUCUUUGACUGGGUGGAGGCCAAUCUAGAUGAGCAGCAAACGUCAUCGAGCACGUUUGUCCGAGCGCUGAUGACCACCGUCUGUCAGUCUGCCAUCAUCUGUGAGAAUCCAUAUAAAGUAGACACUAAAGAAAUUACCCAGAGGGCCAAGCUGCUGCAGCGCUACAUUAAAGACGAGCAGAAGGAGCUGCAGGCGCUCUACGCCUUACAGAGUCUGAUGGUGCAGAUGGAGCAGCCGCCAAAUCUGCUGCGCAUGUUCUUCGACGUCUUAUACGACGAGGACGUCAUCAAAGAGGAGGGCUUUUACAGGUGGGAGUCCAGCAAAGACCCCACCGAGCAGCAAGGCAAGGGCGUCGCCCUCAAAUCCGUCACCGCCUUCUUCACCUGGCUGCGCGAGGCUGAGGACGAAUCAGACAACAGCUAGAGCUUAGGCCACGCCCACUACCGAGAUGAUUGACACGGAGGGCAAAAAAAAAAUGUUUUGAAAAACAAAAAAAGAGAGAGAGAAUGAAACAUUUGGGAGAUUUUCAACACCUUUUUACUUUCCGUUUUGUCUUUCCGUUUGCGCAAAAAAAACACAAAAAAAAAACAAAAAAAAGCUGUUGAACUGAAACGAAAUAAAGUAUUAGAGGAUGACAAGCCUUAUCUGCUCAGAAUUUUAGCCGUUAGCAUUGCUACUUCCUGUUUCCUGCUCCCGCCGCCAAUGGAGACGGACGUCGAUGACAUCAUCACUCGUUUGUUCAUGAUGUCACUUCCUGGUGACAGAACGCUGCUCAGAGUUCUAUUUUUCGUUCCGAAACCCUUUAUAUAAAUAUAUAUAUUCGUGGGCGCUGAUGUGGUUUUGCGCGGAGCGGCUGAUUGUGUGCGUGUUGCUGUAACGAGGAGGAUUGGAUUGUUUUUUUUUUUUGUUUCUUGUCGUUUUCUUCGAUUUGGGAUUUCAUUUAGUUCUAGUGGAGUGUUCCGAGCUCUUUUUUUCUACGUUUUUUUAAUGACAGAAAACGAAUUAAAAA